AUGAAAGAGAAAUUUCAGAUUCAAGAGAAAAUUGAUCACGCCAAGGAAUAUCUGCAUCCAAAAAACGUUUAUUUGACGCGCCUUCAUGCAGUGCUUCUUCAUGCCACUGGCACUCUGGAAAAGAAUUUGCUAUGUUUUCCGCGGGCCGACAGGCAUCUCGCGUUCCAGCUGUUGCGAAUCGUGAAAACGUAUAUUGAAGAGGGCAAAAGGAAUGAGGCGAUUCCGUAUGCGUACGAAGCGAUGACCAUUUUUGAGGUGAGUUUGGGUCUGGAACACCCAUACUUCUUGCAGACGCUUGCCUUAUGGACCUAUCUGGAUCAAAAAGCUCCGAAAACAAACGAAGAACUGUUCGCGUUAAUGAAUUUCCAAUCCAAUAAACCAGUUGACUUGUCAAAAAUUUUGUUAAAAAAUCCCGAAAACUCGUGA